ACGGGAGCCUGUAACUUUCCCCUCUGGAUCAUGUUCUUCAUACUAAGAUCUCAGCCUGCAUGUUGUGGAAUCUGCUCACUUCCCAAGGGCUGCCCUUGUGGUGGUGGACUGCACUAGGCUGGUGCAUACAGGAGAUAACUCUUGCUCGGGGCCUGGGGAGCGAUGGAGCAGUGGGACCGUUAGUCUAGGAGGGCUGAGACUCCCAGCGCCCAGGCCGCAUUGUUUGCCCUGUGACCCACGAUGGAAAAGGGAAGCCUGAUGGCUAUUUUUAUGAUUCCCACAAACCCGCCACCAACAUUCAGGAAGCCUGAACUUUGGUCUGAUGACUUCACCGAUUUUGUUAAAAAGUGCUUAGUGAAGAGUCCUGAGCAGAGAGCCACCGCCACACAGCUGUUACAGCAUCCUUUUAUCAAGAAUGCAAAGCCUGUGUCCAUAUUAAGAGAGCUGAUCACAGAGGCCAUGGAGAUCAAAGCCAAACGGCACGAGGAGCAGCGGCAGCUGGAGGAGGAGGAGGAGAACUCGGAUGAGGAUGAGCUGGAUUCGCACACCAUGGUGAAGACGAGCUCAGAAAGCGUGGGCACAAUGCGGGCCGCCAGCACGAUGAGUGAAGGGGCCCAGACGAUGAUCGAGCACAGCAGCACCAUGUUAGAAUCGGACCUGGGGACCAUGGUCAUAAACAGUGAGGACGAGGAGGAGGAAGACGGAACUAUGAAAAGAAAUGCCACAUCACCCCAAGUACAACGACCGUCUUUCAUGGACUACUUUGAUAAGCAGGACUUCAAGAACAAAAGUCAUGAGAACUGCAAUCAGAAUGUGCGUGAGCCCUGCCCUGUGUCACAGAGUGUGUUUCCUGAUGACUGGAGAGUCCCUCAAGAUGGAGACUUUGACUUUUUAAAAAAUCUAAGUUUAGAAGAACUACAGAUGCGGCUAAAAGCACUGGACCCCAUGAUGGAACGGGAGAUUGAAGAGCUGCAUCAAAGAUACAGUGCGAAGAGGCAGCCCAUCCUGGAUGCCAUGGACGCGAAGAAGAGGAGACAGCAGAAUUUCUAACCGACUCCCUCUGCCCAGCAGGACCAGAGACCAAGCCACCACAGAAUGGAAGGGAUUGCACUACUUUUUAAUCCCUAAAAUGUAUGUUCUACAAUU